AUGGCCUGGCAAAGCUCUGGUGAUACUAAUGAGGCUCUCGUCACCAAUCUUGCGAGCAACAAGCUUAUCAAGUCUGACAGGGUCAAGGAUGCAAUGUUAAAGGUCGAUCGCGCGCACUAUGCCCCAUCCUCGCCCUACGAAGACUCGCCCCAGCCCAUCGGCCACCGUGCGACCAUCUCUGCCCCGCAUAUGCAUGCCUCGGCCUGCGAAUCGCUCCUCGACUAUCUCAAGCCUGGAUCCAAGGUCUUGGAUGUCGGCUCAGGCUCAGGCUACCUAACCGCAGUCCUCGCCAACCUUGUCGCGCCCAACGGAACGGUAACUGGCAUUGAUCACAUUCAGCCCUUGAACGAUUUAGCGACAGCCAACAUGUCCAAGUCGGACCAAGGCCGGAGGAUGUUGGAGUCGGGACAGGUCAAGUUUGUUACUGGAGACGGACGAAAAGGUUGGGCCGAGGGUGCACCAUACGACGCUAUCCAUGUUGGCGCUGCGGCUGCCGAGCACCAUCAAAUCCUGACCGACCAGCUCAAAGCACCAGGGCGCUUGUUCGUACCUGUCGCGGAGGGCUGGGCGCAACAUAUCUGGGUAAUUGACAAGCGAGCGGACGGAAGCCUCGAGCGCCAAAAGUUAUAUGGUGUACAGUACGUGCCCUUGACGGAUGCGCCUGCGUAA